AUGGUGGCGGUGGCGGUGCUUGUGCCGUGGCUAGCAUGGCUCGUCGUCUCUUUCCUUUCCCUCUACCUCCUCAACCUCCUCACCCACGCGCGCUCCGGCCUCCCGCCGGGCCCGCGCCCGCUGCCGCUCAUCGGCAGCCUCCACCUCCUUGGCGACAAGCCGCACCGCUCCCUCGCACGCCUGGCCAGGAACCACGCCGCCCCGCUCAUGUCCCUCCGCCUCGGCUCGGUCACCACGGUGGUCGCCUCCUCCCCCGCCAUGGCCCGGGAGAUCCUGCAGCGGCACGACGCCAUGUUCGCCACCCGGUCCGUGCCCGACGCCACCCGCAUGCACGCGGCGGGGUCCGUGCCCUGGCUGCCCCCUGCGCCGCGGUGGCGCGCGCUCCGCAAGAUGAUGGCCACGGAGCUCUUCGCGCCGCACCGCCUCGACGCGCUCCACCACCUCCGGAGCGAGAAGGUGGGCGAGCUCAUGGACCACGUCGCGCGGCUGGCGCGCGACGGCAAGCCGGUGAACGUGGGGCGCGUGGCCUUCACGACCAGCCUGAACCUGCUCUCCCGCACCAUCUUCUCCCACGACCUCACGAGCCUCGACGACGACAACCGCUCCGGAGAGUUCCAGGAGGUGGUGACGGGGAUCAUGGAGGCCGUGGGGACCCCCAACGUGUCGGACUUCUUCCCGGUGCUCGCCCCGGCCGACCUGCAGGGCACGCGCCGGCGGCUGGCGAGGCUGCUCGCUCGGCUGCACGUGGUGUUCGACGCUGAGGUGGACCAGAGGCUGCGCGCCCGUGACGCCGGCCAGCACGGGAAGAACGACUUCCUGGACGUGCUGCUCGACGUGGCGGCGCGUGAGGAUGGCAAGGACCUGCUCGACCGCCAAACGCUACGCCCACUUUUCACGGAUUUGUUUGCCGCCGGCACUGACACAAGCUCUAGCACAGUGGAAUGGGCAUUGGCCGAGCUUCUCCAAAAUCCAUCAUCAUUGGCUAAGGCUUGCAAUGAGCUUGAACAAGUUAUCGGCCCAACAAGAAACAUUGAAGAGGCUGACAUUGUUCGGUUGCCCUAUAUGCAAGCUAUCAUAAAAGAGACUUUUCGACUCCAUCCUCCUGCUCCACUCUUGUUGCCACGCCAACCUGAAGCGGCACUGAAAAUAGCAGGCUACACAAUACCGAAAGGUUCAUGCAUUUUCAUAAACGUAUGGGCGAUAGGUCGAGAUAAAGAUGUAUGGGAUGAACCUGAGAAAUUUAUGCCGGAAAGGUUCUUGGAUUCCACAGUUGACUUUAGAGGUGCGGAUUUUGAGCUCCUUCCUUUUGGUGCCGGACGUCGGAUCUGCCCUGGGAUGACAUUGGCAACUAGGAUGGUGCAUUUGAUCCUCGCUUCGUUGUUACAUCAGUUUAAGUGGAGUCUCCCUGCUGAGAUGGAAAGGGAUGGGAUUGACAUGGAAGAUAAGUUUGGCCUCACACUUACUAAGGUCGUUCCCCUUUGUAUUGUAGCAACACCAGUUUGA